AUGGCGGACGAGGAAGAUCACGAUUUCGAGACCGGUGAUGCCGGUGCGGCGCACACCUACCCGCAGCAGGCCGGCGAGGUGCGUAAGGGUUCCCACCUGAUGAUCAAGGGUCGUCCCUGCAAGUGCGUCGAGGUCUCUACCUCCAAGACCGGAAAGCACGGGCAUGCAAAGGCCCACAUCGUGGCCAUUGAUAUUUUCACAGGCAAGAAGAUGGAAGACCUUUGCCCUGUCUCUCACAACUUGGAAGUGCCGUUCGUGAAGCGCACCGAGUACCAGGUCCUGAACGCCGAUGGGGAUACAG